AUGUCUGUUUCCAAGAUCUCCCCAACAUUGAAAGUCCUUGAAGGAUCCCAACUCCUUACCAUUGCUGCCGGUUGUUUCUGGGGUGUCGAGCACAUUUACCGUAAAAAUUUCCAAGAUAAAGGGAUAUAUGAUCUCAAGGUUGGCUAUGCCAAUGGGGAUAUUGCCAAUUACAAGAACCCUGAUUACAAAACUGUAUGUACUGGUGCCACAAAUUUCGCCGAAGCCCUCCAGGUAUCAUUUGAUCCGGCCAAGAUCAGCUAUCGUGAGCUCGUUGCCUUCUUCUUCAGAAUGCAUGAUGCUACCCAUUUGAACCACCAGGGUCCAGACCAAGGUACUCAGUACAGAAGUGCCAUUUUUGUCAAUGACGAAAAGCAAUUGAGCGUUGCUAAAGAAGAACUUGAGAAGGCCCAAAAAGAAUGGUACCCAAACCAUAAAAUCGUCACCCAAAUUGAGUAUCUUGAUAGUUUCUGGGAUGCGGAAGAAUACCAUCAGGAAUAUCUAACUAAUAAUCCUACAGGAUAUGCUUGCCCAAGUCAUUUCAUCAGAACCACCCCAAAAGUUUAA